AUGUCGCACCCGGGGGGCACCCCCGCUACCAGCACGGUGCGGAGGGAGGUGUUGUCCUUCCGGAUGGUGGAGCUGACGCAGGUGGCGGAGCGGCUGGGCCUGAAGAAGACGGGGCGUAAAGGGGAGCUGCAGGGCCGCAUACUGGCAUACUUUGGAGAGGCGCUCCCCCAGUCGGUGGUCGGCCGCCCCGAGGUGCAGCCCCCGCAGCAGCAGUGGCGCAUCGAGCACGCAGCCAAGGUGGUGCACGACACCUACUGCAGAAUGAUGGGCCUGCCAACCAACACGCCCUCCGACCAGUCAGCGCACAGCAGCCAGCAGAUGCCGGGCGGCAACGCCGGCGCCGGGCCGCCGCCGCCGCAGCAGGGGCUCCCCUCGGCGCAGGCGAUGCAGCAGGCGCGCGCCACUUUGCAGCAGCAGCAGCAGCAGCAGCAGGCGCGCGCCACUUUGCAGCAGCAGCAGCAGCAGCAGCAGGCGCACGCCACUUUGCAGCAGCAACAGCAGCAGCAGCAGGCGCACGCCACUUUGCAGCAGCAACAGCGCCAGGGCGGUGCCGGCGCCGGACGCAGGCCCCUGCCGGUGCGCUGCAUCUGCACCUCGGUGGCGGAGCAGCAGGGGCGCAUGGUGAUGUGCCAGGGCAAGGGGUGCGGCGUGUGGCAGCACACGCAGUGCCUGGGCGCUGGGGCGCCGCAGGGCGCCGCCGUGGACGCUUUCCUCUGCGAGGGCUGCAGGGCGCGGCUGGCAGACCCCUUCUGGGAAGCUACGGAGCGGCUGCUGCCGCCCGCCCCGCUGAAACCGCAGCUCGGGAGGCCCCCCGUGGUGACCAUGUCUGGCAUGCAGCAGGUGCAGAGCCGGGACUUUGUGUUCUACCUGCACCAGCAGCAGCUGAGCGCGGUGCAGCGGGACCCCGAGAACCACAGGCUGCAGGUGGGGUGCCUGCUGGUUGGGGAUGAGGUGGCGGAGCGGUACCACUGGCCUAAGCACAUGGAUCUCAAGAUUAACAACAUGCCGCACAGGCCCUAUGCCCGCUCCCUCAACGCCAAGAUGGGCAUCAACCAGCGCGACGAUGUGGCCAGCAUCGGCACGAUGGUUGUGCGCGGGCGCAACACCCUGAGCCUGAGCGCCCCCGACAGCGGCACGUGGGUGCUCAUGAUGCACCUGGCGCGGCGCCGCACGAUGGAGCAGGUCAAGGCGCUGAUGGCGGCGCCGGAGGGGCUGGAGGAGGCGGUGGCGCGAGUGCGGCGCCAGGUCGCCGGCGACGACUCGGACGACGACCUGCUGGUGAGCCACCAGGUGGUCAGCCUGAAGGAUCCGAUGAGUGGGCAGCGCAUACAGGUGCCGGCUCGGUUUUCCGGCGCCAGCGGGCUGCAGCCCUUUGACCUCGACUCGCUGCUCAGCAUGGCGCAGCGCAGCCGCAAGUGGCAGGACCCCUCCACCCUGCAGAACAGCACCGUGGAGCAGCUGCAGGUGGACACCUACACCCAGCGCGUGCUGCUGUGCCUGCGCGGCCUACCCGCCAUCACAGACAUCGAGAUCUCGGCAGGCGAGCAGGCCGGAGAAGGAGGCGGCAGGAAGGAGGCGGCAGAGUGGUGCCUGACCUGGGCUGGACGCAUGGCGGCGGCCGCAUGGGACCCGCCUGCCGCGCCUGGCCGCUGCUACGGCCAGUGGCGCCCCGACGGCAGCGGCCGCGAGUGGAUCGACAUCGCAGCCGACCCUGCUGACGUCGCAGCCUCCCUGGGAGCAGCCGUGGGGGCCGCUGGCACCAAGCCUGAGCCCGAGGCGGCGGCCGGUGGUGGCGAGCCCGCCAAUGGUGCCGGUGCCGGAGCCGCGGGGGCGGCUGGCGGGAGCGGCCAGGCGUUUCUGGUGCCCGACAGCGACAGCGAGGAGGAGGGGGCGGAGGAGGAGCUGCGCAGCGCGGCGGCGGCGGUACGCAAGGCCCCCUCGGCGGCGCUCUCUGGCCAGAAGCACAAGGCGGAUGAGCCAGAGGUGAUCGACUUGCUGUCGAGCGAUGAGGAGGAGGUGCCGCUGCUGCGUCGGCAGCAGGCGCAGCAGCAGCAGCGGCAGCAGGGGCAGCAGGGGCAGCAGGGUCCGCGGCCGGGGCCGAGGGCCCCCAUGCAGCAGCCGCAGCAGCAGCCGCAGCAGCAGCCCGGCGGCCCCCUGCGCAUACGGCUGCCCGCAAGGGUGCGGCCGCCGGCCCAGCCGCCACCGCCUGCGGCGCUUCCAGCAAGGCAGCCCUCUGUCGACGACGAUGCCAUGCGCGGCACCUAUGAUUGGCUGCAUCGGACAACGGCUGUGCAGCACGCGCAGGCGGCGGUGGUGCAGCGGGCGCAGGCGGCGGCUGCUAUGCAGCAGGCGCAGCAGUUGUAUGGGAUGCAGCAUUACAUGCAGCAGCAGUACAUGCAGCAGCAGGCGGGGCCUGGCGGCGGCCUGGCUGUCAGGCCGCAGCUGCCGCCUGGCUACCACCCGCAGCAGCCGUGGCUCCCCGGCACCAGCUUCUACCCGGCGCCGGGCGCUACCGCUCUCCCGGGCUUCGUGCCUGCCAGCCAGAUGAUGCAGAUGGCAGGCGGCGGUGCAGCCCCGGCGCAGGCGGGGGCGCCCGACAGCUCCUGGCAGGCGCAGGGGGAGGCCGCCCGCUGGCAGGCGCAGGCCGCGGGGCAGGCGCGGCAGCAGGCGGAGAAGCAGGCGCAUCUGCCUGCAGGCCAGGCGCACCUGGCAGCAGACGAGGCGCAUCUGCAGGACCAGAGCGCUCUGCAGGAGCUGGGCUAUGAUGCGGGCUGGAGCUCGGAUGCUGACCUGGCGGCCCUGUUCGAGGAUGUGUGA